UCCAGUUAGCAGUAAACUUUACGUUAUGUUUCUUACCAUAAUUUUCUUCAACAUCUUCAUAGGAACGCUGUGGUCAAUUUAUCAGCAGCGUUUCACAUCAAGGGCGAAAAAAUUUAAUAAGUUUCCCGGCGCCCCAAUUUAUCCCGUGGUUGGGAACGUAUUCGAAGUGCUAGGAGACCUUGAUGGGGUGAUUGAACGAGUGAGUGAGUACAUUUCAAAAUAUGGGCGAUGCUGUCGUGUCUGGCGGCUUAAUGCGCCCUACAUUGUUGUGGCGGAGCACCGAACGACUCACCAGCUCCUCUCGUCCGCCACCCAUAUCGAGAAGGGGUUGGACUAUGACGUCCUGCGGAAAAAGUUUGGCGACGGCUUGCCAUUCUCGCAAGGCGACAAAUGGCGACAGGAUAGAAAACAGUUAAAUGGAGGCCUCAAGCCAGGAAUGUUUGACGGAUUUUUAAAAGUUUUCAACAAGCAUGGAAAGAAUUUGAGAAAUGAGCUGGGCAAAAUUGAGGCAAAUGUGGCGACGGAUUUGCACCUUCUUUUAUCUCAGUGUGCACUAGGCAUAGUUUAUGAAUCUCUCCUCGGCCGGAAGAAUAUUUCUGCAAGUGGAAAGAUAGAAUCAGACUCGGAGAUUGCGCAAAGCAUCAGGAAAAAUGCGGAUAGCGUAAAGGGCUCCCUGCUAAACCCAUGGAGGGUUCUAAACUGUUUAUCAAAAUUAACUAGACGAAAACGCGACGAAAAAAACAGUUUCAAUGGGAAAGUAAUAAAAGAGGUUUUGCAGUACAUCAAAGAAAAGAAUGAGACAGAGGGAGAAGAAGACGGGGAAAUUAGAUGUUUGCUGGAUAUUCUUCUAGAGACACCUCGCAGCAUUCAAGAUAUUGCUGAUCAUGUCAAAAACUUUUUGGCCGCGGGGUCAGAUACGACCAGCAACGCUUUGAAUUUUACCCUCUAUCUCCUCGCGGCUCAUCCUCUCCAUCAAGACAUAGUGGCACAAGAACUUUGCAGAAUAUUUGGAGAACAGGGCAUCCAAGAUCCAAUAAGUUUUGAUGAUUUGAAGGAAAUGCACUACUUGGAAAUGUGUAUUCGAGAAUCGCUUAGAAUAUUUCCACCCGUGACCAACAUUACAAGGAGGAUUAAACAGGAUGUUAAACUAAAUUGGUGCGAUCUAACAAUUCCCAAAGAUGUUGACGUGAAUUUCAGCAUCAUUCACUUGCACAGAGAUCCAGAAAUAUUUCCAGACCCAGAGACCUUCAAUCCUCUCAGGUUUACAAAGGAAAAUAUUGCUCAAAUGCCACCCUCUGCUUGCAUUCCGUUCUCGGCAGGAAUUCGAAAUUGCAUUGGACAAAAAUAUGCCAUGAUAGAGAUGAAAGUCAUCCUAGCCUUGGUGCUUUCUGAGUAUGUUGUGUCCACCAAUGUUCCCCAGAAAGAUGUCCGUGUCACGUACGGAUUCAUCACCGGACCAAGCCAACCUCUUUAUAUGACACUAACGCCAAGAAAAAAAGUCUAAAUAUACAUAUUUUAAUAAGUCUAAUGUAUUUAAAUUUUUGUAAAUUGAAAUACGUUUCCCUAAAUCAUAAACCAAUUAGUCAUAUUUAGAUAUUGAAAAAAUACAUAUUACAUAAAAAAUUAAUAGUCGUGUAGCUUUUGUUCUAUUAAAAAUCUGGUAGAGUCACAUAUGUACAUACUCCGUUCUGGUAUAGAUUUGGUAGUAAUUUCCUACCAAAUUGGCAACCUCGGAUUCUAUUUCUUACCAGAUUGGCAGUACAUAUCUAGUUUCUUUCCGAAUGAUAAAUACUGCAAUUCCCCUUGUUAUCCUUCUGGUAGAGUCACAAACAUGUGUCAGUAAUGAUUUAAUACCAGUUUUCUAAUACUGUAUAGUAUGUGCAUACACAUAUAUAUGUACAAACAUAUAUACUUGCAUUUAAGCCACGUGAAGUAACUUUUGACAUUAAAUGUAAAUAUGUAGCAAAUCUUGAUUAUUUAUCACUGUCACGGGGACAUUAUCUGCAUAAAUAUCUUGGGAAUUAUACAAGGACAAGUGAGCCAACAAAAAACUUGUGAAUAUUGUUGAACAAAUUAAUCAGAUAUGUAUGCUCUGGAACUUAACUCAAUACCAUGAAAAUAUAAAAAUCCACAUUUUCCUCAUUAUUUUUUCUCCUUUUAAACAAGUUAGAAAGGGAUGGGAAAUCUUUAAUCAUCAUAGGGCGGAUAUGUAUGUACUUAAAUUCCUCAAAAUAUGUAUGUAAUAUGUGCUUAAAAAACAGGAAAAUAUGCAUAUAAAACAUAUUUGUCUAUUGC